GACCAUUUCAAAGCGAGCUUCUCGCAAACUCAAAGGCAAUCUCUAUCUGGUGGAGAGGAGAGAGAGCGAUGACGAUGACGAUGCUAGUGAGCAUUGUCGGUCUUCUUCUCCUUAUGCUUCUUCUGAUCCUCCUCCUCAUCUUCCUCGCCUGCAAACCAUGGCGCUUCUUCUCCUCCUCCUCUCGUUCUCGCACUAUCAAGGUCGGUGAGCUUGAGAGACCCCUUGUUUCGGAUGAUGCGGAUCUGGUCCGGAACCAGGGCAUUGAUUUUCCAAGAGGUUACGAUCUAGAGGGAGCAUGCUUUCCAAGUGAAGGGAAUUUUCGCUCACCCCGACCACAAGGACUUGUGCAUAAGCCGAGGCUUCCCACUGCAGCUCCCAUUUUGGCUCAAGGUGAUAGCUUGGUCCUGGAUGUGAUUUCUGAUGCUCCAGAGGAUAUUUUGGUUGGUCAGACACUGAAGCGUCCAUUUGCAAUCCAGCAGUUAGUGGAAGAGCAGAAGAAUGGUAGACAGAGUUCAGAACAAGAGAGAUUUCAAGAGGUUCUGCCCAAGGAUGCCUUGAAUCAAAGAACCUGCCUCAACCUGGAGGUCAUAUCUGGUCCUUCCCAUGGACUUCGUUGUUCCAUACAGUCAACAAGUACCUCCAGGCUUCCUAUGACCCUAGGAAGGGUUCCUCCAAGUGAUUUAUUAUUGAAGGACUCGGAGGUGUCAGGAAAGCAUGCAUUGAUAAACUGGAAUUCAAAUAAAAUGAAAUGGGAGCUGGUAGACAUGGGCAGCCUGAAUGGAACACUUCUGAACUCUCAGCCAAUCAAUAAUCCUGAUUCUGGAAGUCGAAAUUGGGGUAACCCUAUGGAGCUUGCAAGUGGAGACAUAAUAACACUCGGAACGACCUCAAAAGUGUUUGUUCAUAUAGCAUCGGAAACUGAGAGUCAGGUCCCGUUUGGAGUUGGCGUGGCUUCAGAUCCCAUGGCUCUGCGUCGUGGAGGGAAGAAGCUUCCAAUGGAAGAUGUGUGCUACUAUCAAUGGCCUCUUCCUGGGGUUGAUCAGUUCGGACUUUUUGGUAUCUGUGAUGGACAUGGUGGAGCAGAGGCCGCCAUAUCUGCUAGCAAGCUUCUUCCUCAGAUCAUUGCCAACAUUUUAUCGGAUUCACUAAAAAGGGAGAGGGUCUUGUCAGUAUGUGAUGCUUCAGAUGUUCUCAGGGAGUCAUUUUUACAGACAGAAACAUGCAUGAAUCACCAUUAUGAGGGCUGUACUGCGACUCUGCUUCUAGUUUGGACUGAUGGUAGUGACAGUUUCUUUGUACAAUGUGCAAAUCUUGGAGAUUCAGCUUGUGUUAUGAAUGUUGAUGGGAAGCUGAUUAAGAUGACCGAAGACCAUAGAAUUAGUAGUUCUGGUGAAAGACUCCGAAUCCAGGAAACGGGAGUGCCUCUGAAAGAGGGUGAAACACGACUAUGUGGUAAUGAUUACUUCAUUUUGUUUGUGAAUUACAUGAUUAGUUGUUGGGGAUUGCCCACGCUUUUCUUCACAUGUUCAGGUUUGAACCUUGCCCGGAUGCUUGGAGACAAAUUUCUUAAACAGCAGGAUUCCCGCUUCAGUUCAGAACCAUACAUUAGCCCAGUGGUGCAUGUCAAUCAAGCGAGCAAUGCCUUUGCGAUAAUGGCCAGUGAUGGCUUAUGGGAUGUAAUUAGUCCAAAGAAGGCGAUUCAGCUAGUCCUUCAGACGAAAGAGAGAUGCUCGAUGGACGGGGAGAAUUUGGCGGAGAAGAAUGCUAAUAUUUUGUUGAGUGAGGCUAGAACAGUGCGAACAAAGGAUAAUACUUCUAUAAUUUUCUUAGAUUUUGAUACUUCUAGGAUCGCAUGUAAAUCUGAAUCUUGAUAUGAGUUAUAUAAGUUAUAGUUUCAACACAGAACUAGGUUUCUCUUCUUUUCUUAUGUUUCACCUUCGUCGCUCUUCAGAUCCCAAAAUCUAAUAGAUACAGUUUUACCUUUC